ACCAGUACUGUGUGAGCGCAGAGUGUCAGACCAGUUUCUACAGCGAGAGGGACACAGUGUCCGUGUGAGUCAGCACGGAGACACAGCCGUCGCAGGAAAAGCCUUUUAAAUUCACCUCUGCUCUCUAAAAAACACAACACUGCCAGGAAGCUAUCCCUGAUCCGAGAAGAAAAACGAGGAUUUAAAGAGAAAAGCUGAUAUUUUUCUCCUCUCUGUGUUUCUUUUCCUUCUUCCUGUCUCUCUUUGUUUUUCCUCCUGCAGUACUCUCUCCUGCCGAGGGGGGAAAUUACAGUACCCAAAAGGGAGCACUAGGAAUUAAAAAAAAAAAAAAAAACAGGAGAAAAAAAGGAGCGAUAGAGAGAAAGACAAGCAGCCACCGGCUGCCUUUGUCCUUCCUGGCUUAACCAAAUCCCCACCGUCUCUGUUGCCUCCUGCUGAAUCCGGAGCCUCCGGAGCCAGGAGUCUAAUGCCCGUUGAGGAUGAGUCCAGCGAUCGAGGCGAUGCAGCAGGCAGAACAGCAGCAGUAUCUGAGCAAAGGGGUCCUGCUUGAGCCCUUCGUGCACCAAGUAGGGGGUCACUCAUGUGUGCUCCGUUUUGGGGAGCAGACCAUCUGCAAGCCCCUUAUCCCCCGCGAGCACCAAUUCUACAAGAGCCUUCCCUCAGCCAUGCGGAAGUUCACCCCGCAAUACAGAGGCGUGGUUUCUGUGAGUUUUGAAGAAGACGAGGAGGGAAAACUGUGUCUCAUCGCCUACCCCCUGCACAGCGAGGUGAGCGACCUGGAAAACGUGGCCCCCUCUGUCGACUGCGAGCCCAAGAACAAAAUUAAGUGGGCCAACAAGAUGCUACUAGACAACGACGGCUACGGCAAGGACCGGGCUAGGAACUCACGCAAGGACAAAGACAAGAGUCUGAAACGUGAAGAGGAGUGGCUGAAGCAGGCCGAUAUGCUCUACUACACCCUGGAGAGGAGCAAAGCCGCCCCCCAGCUCAAGCACAACCCCUGGAGCCUCAAGUGCCACCAGCAGCAUCUUCAGAGGAUGAAGGAGAACGCCAAGCACCGCAACCAAUACAAAUUCCUCCUUUUAGAGAAUCUGACGUGGAGGCAUAAAGUGCCCUGUGUGCUGGACCUGAAGAUGGGCACACGCCAGCACGGAGACGAUGCCUCAGAGGAAAAGAAAGCCAUGCAGAUCCGCAAGUGCCAGCAGAGCACAUCGGCCAGCAUUGGCGUCCGCCUGUGUGGCAUGCAGGUGUAUCAGUCAGGUGUAGGGCAGCUGAUGUUCAUGAACAAAUACCAGGGACGGAAGCUGACGCUCCCCGGCCUCAAGGAGGCGCUCUACCAGUUCUUCCACGACGGGCAGCACCUGCGGGGUGAGCUGCUAUCGCCGGUGCUGCAGCGCCUGCACGAGAUGCAGGCGGCGUUGGAGGCGUGCGAGUCCUACCGCUUCUACUCCAGCUCGCUGCUCAUCAUCUACGAUGGCGAGCCUCCACGGGCCCACAGGGCAGACGAGGACGGCCUCUCAGACCAGGAGGAGGACGACGAGGAGGAUGAGGACGAGGAGGAGGAAGAGGAAGAGGCGGUGGAGGAAGGGGCGUUCGGGUUCCCCCACAGCGGGGCUGUGGCCGGGGCCAGCAGCAGCAGCAGUGGGAGCAGUGUGAGUGGGAGCAGCGGCAGCAGCAGCAGUAACAGCAGCUCUAGCAGUAGUAGUAGUAGCAGCGGAGGCGGCAGCUCGUCGGUGUCUCGGCGAGGGGCGCGCUCACAGGUGCCCAUGGUGGACGUGCGCAUGAUUGACUUUGCCCACACCACGUGCCGGGACUACGGCGAGGACAGUGUGGUGCACGAGGGCCAGGACAGCGGCUACAUCUUCGGCCUGCAGAACCUCAUCACCAUCGUCUCCCAGCUGGAGGACCACAGCACAGAUUGAGCUGCUACUCAAACACAAACACAAAAUACACACACGUACGCAUGUGCAAUUGUGUGCACAAAUGCGGUGUGUUUCGACGAAGCACUUCGUCGACCUGGCGCCCUCUCGACGCGAAGAGGGCAAAUAAGAGGUCGCCGAAGGCACGUCUCUUUCUUCCGGCCGUGUGACUAGGACCUGCCGUGACAGCUGUUGCACACUGGCCAUUCGUGUCUUUCUGUUGGUGUUUUUCGCUGUUUUGUUUUUUUUUUCCCCCCAUCACUUGUGUUAGAGGAUAUAAAAAGGGUCGAUGUUGGUCAUACUGAAGCGGUGUCAGCUAUCUUCCCCCCCCCCCCCCCCCCCCGACUCGCCCUGUUACUGUUACAAGUUCCCCCUUCCCUACUGGUGUUUUUACUCAAAACAGAAGCAGAAGAAGAAAACAGUCCAACAGAGCAAAGCAAAAAAACACACAAACAUACACACACACACACACACCUACUUCCCCUCACACACACAUACUUCUCACAAAGACUGAUGUACCCGGUUCCCAGACUCAUUCCAGAAGAUUCUAGGAUUUCAAACUGAGACUUGCUUGCAUUAAUUUCACCUCCAGCUGUGCCUCUGAUGGGAGUGGAGCGGACAGCUGAGUGUGUGAGAGGGAAUUAUGCAGUGUGGCUGACAGCACAUUUCCCACGGGAAGAAGUGGCGAUUAUAUACAGAUAGCUACUAGAGACAUGCAGAGAGACUAUAGAGAUCUUUAUUUAUUUGACAUAUUUCUUAAAUAAACUAAAAAAAAUGAACACAAAAAACGUGACUGGAGAUUGAGAGACUACAUUCCAUCGUAUUAAUGUUAUAAUAAUAAUAUUAAUGAAUAUUGUUAUUUGACAUGUUCAAAUACCUCUAUCUUAUACUGUAUAUCUGUGUUCGAAUGGAAAAGUAAUAAUAAACAGCUUUUGUGUUAA